GUGUAACAACUAUACAAAAACUAUUCUGCAAUUCUCGUCUCAAUUCUGUAUUUCUUACCAACGUCUGCAACGAUGAUGUUGGGUCAUGAGCAUGAGCAGAUCGUUUACGACUUUGAUGUACUCUUGACGAAAGCAAAAAAAAUGUCGGAACAGGAUCCUCCCGAUAUAGUGAUUUUCUCCAACCUCAUUUGGGGCGCAGCUGUUGUAUGCUUGAGAAAGUUCUUUCUCGACAGAUUAAAACUCGAGAUUUCGGGCCAAAAUGCACAAGAAAUACUCAUGGAAAUUGUUGUCGACUCUUUUACAGACGACACUGGUGGACAUCUACACAGAGCCUGGACAUUUGCAAAUCAUUGUCGUAAAAGUGCAUAUACUCUGGGAUAUAUAAAUCAACUGCUAAGAAAUGAAAUUCUACAAUCGGUGGCGAACAUGGAGGCGUACAUGAAUGCAGCCGACAGUGAAAAAAUUAAAGAGAAAAUAUCAACUUCUGGAUUACAAAUAACAUAUUCUAAAAAUAUUGUGAAAAUUGGGAAUUAUCAAUUUUCAUUCAAUAAAGUAGCGCAUUGAC